UUGCAUUUCUUUCAACAACACAAACCCAACUUCACUGUGAAUUUAGUAGUACUUAGUACUGUUUCAUAUAUCCAUGGCUUUUUCUUCAGUUUUCAAGGCUCCUACUGUGACUUCUUGUCUCCUUAUCUUCAUCUCUUUGGCUUCCAUCGAGAUCACCACUACCAAAGCUCAACUUUCAACAAAUUUCUACUCCAAGUCUUGCCCUAACCUCUUUUCUGUUGUGAAACCUGUUGUUCAAUCUGCCAUUAAUAAAGAGAAACGACAGGGUGCAUCCAUCGUUCGCUUGUUCUUCCACGAUUGCUUUGUUAAUGGAUGUGAUGGAUCAAUUCUACUUGAUGACACAUCUUCCUUCACCGGAGAGAAAACAGCAAUUCCAAAUCGUAAUUCAGCUAGAGGAUUUGAGGUGAUAGACAACAUAAAAUCUGCAGUUGAGAAGGCUUGCCCUGGAGUGGUCUCAUGUGCUGAUGUCUUAGCCGUUGCUGCUAGAGACUCCACUGUUAUUCUUGGAGGUCCAAAUUGGAAUGUUAAACUUGGAAGAAGAGAUGCUAGAACUGCAAGCCGCUCUGCUGCCAAUAAUGGCAUUCCACCUCCCACUUCUAACUUGAACCAACUCAUCUCAAGAUUCAAUGCCCUUGGCCUUUCAACCAGAGACUUGGUUGCAUUAUCUGGAGCGCACACAAUUGGACUAGCAAGGUGCACAUCGUUCAGGACUAGAAUAUACAAUGAGACAAACAUAGACAGAUCCUUUGCUCAGACAAGGAGAUCAAACUGCCCAAGUACCAAUGGGACAGGGGACAACAACUUGGCACCACUUGAUUUGCAGACUCCUACGACUUUUGACAAUAACUACUUCAAGAACUUGCUUACCCGGAAGGGCCUCCUUCAUUCUGAUCAGCAAUUGUUCAAUGGUGGAUCCACUGAUUCCACAGUUCGCACCUACAGCAAUGGCCAAAGCACCUUCUUCUCUGAUUUUGUUACUGGCAUGAUCAAGAUGGGAGAUAUCAGCCCACUUACUGGAUCAAAAGGAGAGAUCAGAAAGAAUUGUAGGAGGGUGAAUUAAUUAAUUAUUAUUGUGGGUCUUGUUUUUUAUCCUUGGAUUAAGACUUCAAAGAAUAAUUAGGUUACUUGCAACUUUAAUUGGGUAUGCAUUACAGAAUUUAGGUUAUGUAUGUUUGUGAUUUUUCAUAAAAAAAUCCAAUUGGUGUUGCUAUUUCUUUCAAGGACACUUGUGUUCAACUGUAUUGUAUCCAAUUUCUAUUAAUACAAAAACUUUAUUUUAGGGCUA